AGGUAUUCUUCGUCUGCAUGAGCGAGGAAUGAGUGCAGGAGCAUGUGCUGAUCCCUUUCCCUCAGAGAAGAAGGACUCGGGCUAUCCACAGUGUGCUGUGGUGUCUCCGUGGAAGGUACCGGAUAGGUACUUUGACGCCAAUCGCAGGGCAAUGAUUGAUCGAGCACGGCUAAUUCCUUAUAUAUACACUCAGGCACGGCUCUCCUUCGAGUCGGGCGUGUCCAUAAUCCAACCACUGUACUACCACUUCCCUCACCACGAGCACGCAUACGCCGCUGACUACAUGGGCAACUUCCCACAGUACAUGUUUGGGAGUGACAUGAUGAUCAGUCCUGUGCUGGUUAAGGCGGGUGCCUCAGACACGAGUGAGGUGGUUACGUGGUUGCCUCCUGGGCUGUGGUUCUCAGUCAACGACGGCAUGUUACGCGAUGGCGGGCCAAUGGGUAAAUUGCUUAAGCAGAAGCUUACGUUGGAAGAGUGGGGGGUGUAUGUGCGUGCAGGUGCCAUCAUCCCGCGCAUUCCCGUCGUCACAGGCGAUACGGAAGGACUGGCGCAGAGAGAGUACAGCACUCUGGUGGUUUCUGUCUACCCCGGCGGAACACACGGCAAAAGCAAAGUGUAUGAAGAUGACGGCCUAACCAUGGACCAUCUCAACGGAGACUAUCGAUGGACUACCGCAGAAUACACGCGCACCACUUUCUUCUACAAAUCACUCACCUUCACAGUACAAUCAGAAGGCAAGUACGCAAACAUGUUGGACACACGUGACAUCCAACUGCGCCUCGUGGGAUCAGCCCCACCCAUACACGUCUACGUCAAUGGAAAGGUCGUUGAGAUGACCAACAAGUACCACCACAAACACCACCACAAGAAACAUCACAAGAAACACGCAGAGACAGCGCACACGUGGCACUUUGAUGGCGACAGUGACUUAGCAGUGGUCAUCAACGCAUACGAUGUGCAGUGCAACGAACAGCUCAGAGUGUACGUUGUGUACACAGAGCUAUUCCAAGCAGAUGCAGACACACACACACACACAGACACACACACAGACACACACGUAGACACACACGUACGCAUAGAGGCAGAGGCGGAGGGUGCUGGGGUAGGUACGCAUGCACAGACACACUCAGGCCAAGCGGAUGCAGAUGCGCAAACACACGCACACACACGUACAAGGGCAGCACACGCUCGCGCACGGGACACGGCGACAGACACGGCAGAGGACGACAAUGCGAUGGACACAGACACGCUCAACGGACUCAUAGGCGCUGUGGCGAAGGCUAAUCUGGUCAAGGACGCCUUCGAUGAUGAACGCACAACCCCAGGCUCCACUGUGGUCAAAGCACAAGCGAGUCUCAUCCAAUUGGCUUCGCUCGGCAUUGCGUUGGAGUACGCUGCAGCCAAGGGACCUAAAGAGUUCUACAAAUUGGCGAAGGGGGCCAAAGAGCUGCUGGAAAAGGCCAAGAAAGAGGUCUUGGAAAUCCCAAAUGCGGAUGCCAAUCGCAAGCAGUUUGGUGUAGAGGUGCUGAACGAGAUCUUUAUGUAGAUAGUAUAGGGUUUUAGGGUUCGAUGGCUGCACCGCAGGAACUACAGGAGAGUGUUUUAACCAGACACCGCUCCCUUUGGCGUUUAAGGAUCGCAUGCAUUUUUUUGAGAUGGUAUUUUGGUCAAUCAGAAUCCCGGAAUUUCACAUGCCAAUCAGAAUACAUAAACACGCAAAUGGAGUACACCGAGUGAAGUGACUCAGUUGUACACACAAGUGAAAUAGUAAGCAGCUACUUUCAAUAAACGAAAUUUAUAAAACCACGUGUGUAAGCGGACGAGUAUAUAAAAAUUGGUCGACUUGU